AUGGAUUCAAUGCAGGAUCUCGCCAUGAAGGUCUUGGCUCAGCCCUAUAUAAAUUGGGAUAAUGAAGUCCUAGAACUGGAGCGCCCUAUUCCCGCUUCACCCAAGUCCCCAAGUACCAAUAAAACUCUCGUUUCUCGAUUGAUGGAGAGCUCCCGCCAUCCUUGGGGUGUUACAGACUAUAAUCUCUACCUUGCCGCUAUUGAGAAGGAUCACAACACCAAAACCCGCACUAUGGAAAUAUUCUUUCUUGAAAAAUAUGGAUUCAAGCGAAUUUCAUUAACUGAACUUUUUGACAGAAGGACUUUCGACCAUGUUGCUACUGGAGCAAACCCAAUCAUCACAUUCAUCCAGUUGCCUCUUCUAUAUAUUGGCACCGACGAGCCAUCAGAGCAAAAGCUCGUUCUAGGUCUCAACAUGAAGGCCCAACAUCUCGUCGGUUAUUUUUUCGAACAAGCACCCGACGAGCUAGCUGAUUUGAGCGAUGUAUGGCAUGAGGGACAGCUUAUCAUCGACGUCCACUUCGAGCGUUUUCUAGAGAUGUCAAAUUACACUUUGGAAGGACAUUUAGAUAUCCUCGGCGUUGGUAUAUUCUCAUAUUUCCGCGAGACAAAGAGAGAGUUCAAAACUGGCAUGGACCUGGUUGUCGUUAUUCAAUUCUUACAGUUCCUCAAUGACUUUUACGAAUUGCUUUUUAGGAAUACCCCAGACUUUCGAGAUCGCCACGUUUCUUACGAGGAGAAACUCCGACAAAUACUGUCCAAAUCAUCGUAUGACUCCUGGUUUGCCAUAAAGAAUGAGCUCACAUUUCAACAGUAUCGCGAGCAGAAAGUAAAUGAGACUAUCCCCUGCGACAUCUUUUACGACCGAGCUCCAAAUUAA